AGGAGCUAAGAUGGUCAAGCCCGCCCCUCGCGACCGUGAUAGGAAGAGGAAAUAGAGUUCCAUCGCUAGUUUUAAUUGUGUCCCCAGAGCCCAGGUCCCGCGGUGCCAGUGUGGGCGCAGGGAUGUUUUCCCAGCUGGAGAUGUUGUUCUUCGCUAAUUGGAGCACGUUACUGGCCUGCAUGGUGCUCAAAUUCCCCCAGAUCCUGUCUGUCAUGGCAUCCAAGUCCGCGGAGGGUGUGAGCCUGCAGAGUGUCCUGCUCGAAGUGUCCGGUUUCCUUUUUUUCCUGAGAUACCAAAUAUACUACAACUACCCCAUGGAAACUUACCUUGAGUACCCAAUCCUGAUUGCCCAAGAUGCCGUCCUUCUGCUGUUUCUGUUUCACUAUACGGGAAGCGUGAAGAAUGCGCUGCCAUAUGCUGGCAUAUUUUUUGCAGCAUGGAACAUCCUAGCGCUUGACAAAUGGAUAAUCGACUUGGCCCUGUACUUGUGCACAGGGAUGAGCGCUGCAAGCAAGAUUAUCCAGAUCCAGUAUCUGUGGCUGACUAAAGAUUCGGGCCAAGCCAGUGCGCUGACAUGGAGCUUGGCGAUGUACACCAGUGCAACGAGGAUAUUCACAACUCUAAUGACGACUGGGGACGCUGCAGUUCUCUUUCGCUUUUUGCUGCUGCUGAUUCUCAACGCCUGCGUCACAGUCAUGAUACUUAUGUACAGGAAGAAAACGGUGAAGACAGAAUAAUCCUGCGCCCGUUGCUGCAAGUGUUCCAAUCCUCUAUUAUCUCCAGUACCCACUGCAACUUCUUAUUACUGUUUCACAGCCUUUCUUUUCCCAAGGGCAGAGACUGAGGGAAGGGAACGUAGACCUGUUUCUAUUUCUGUGGCACAAGAGGAGGAUUCGGGGCCAAAUGUGGAGAUGAUUCUAGAGUGGAGCAAAGUUAAUAAGAGCACUGAUUUGCCUGGAGCUUUCCAUGCAGCCUUUGUGCAGUUGUUGCUUUGUGUAUAUGCUGCAAAUAUUCCACUGAAAGUGACCGAUUGAUGGGGCUGCUUCUGAUUCCUUCACGUCUGUCUGGGCCAGAAACCCUUCAGAUAAGAAGUGAAAAAAAUGACAGUUUAAGAUUUGACCUCAAAGGAGUCCCCUGCCCCCAGGGCAUCAAUUCUUCUUCUUCUUUAGUAGUUUCUCCAGGUAAUGUUCUGUCUAUAGCAGACAGCAAUGCGGGGCCUUAUUAAAUGAGCACAUUAUAUCCA